UUUUCAGGCAGAAAUGUCUCAUGGAGAUCAGUUAGAACAAUACCAGGAUCAGUAUUUUGAUUGUAUCAAAAAAUAUGAUAUGCCAGCGGCGUUAGAAGUGUUGGAACUAAUUGCAGAAUCAUGUAUAGAAUUGAACGAUGAUGACCCCCUUAUCGAAGCAUGUGAAAGAGGCGCAUCGUAUUUGAAAUGCUGUCUCAAAUAUGAAAAUUUGGUUAAUCUUCACGCGAGUCAGAAAAUCAACGAUCAUACACUUUUCUUUCUAAACUUGGAAGUGAGAAGACGGUCAACUUAUCAAUGCUUCGCUACAACCAGAUCUUUUUUGACACCACACAGAAAACGACAGUUGGCUAAAACUAUGAACGCUGAGCCGAGGAUAUUCGCUUUCGGAUUGAAUGCCAACAACAAUCUAGGAGUUGAUACAGUACAAAGCGCCUUGGUUGACGUGCCCACGGAGAUUUAUGUUCCUCCUGUGUAUGAGAUGAAGAUGUCCAACUUUCACUCGGUGUUCUGGUGUCAUGAUGGAAAAUUUUUCGGGUGUGGUGAAACAAAGAACUUUAUGAUUUCUAAGCCAGAUUCGGAGCUGCCACGGAUUGUCAAAUUUCCUAUGGAAUUGGAUAUCCAGAUUUGGAGAAAUGAGAUGAUAGUCGGUAUCAAAGCAUUGGAGAAUGGAACUCUCUUCCAAACAGACCGCCGUUUAUACUUUGUUGGAGACUACCAAAAGUCGAAAGCUUACCUAAAAACCUUCCACGAUGAAGAGUUUGAUAUGGUUACUCAACUUCCAUACGCUACUCCAAAUUUUUGGAUCACCCAAUCCAGGCCAGUCUCGUCGAUUUCUGCUUACAAACUCGACGACAAGAAGAAUGUGACCAUUUUGAGAGUUAAAUCAGUUUCUUACUGGAUCCAAGUGUACCCGGAUUACUGGACAGAGUUGAAUCCAGGCUAUAUAAAGAAACGCCCGGUUGUGUAUUUGUUGGAUGAUGUGGAGGUGAAAAACAUCCGAAUUGAGACUGUUGGAUGCAAUAUUAUCUACGUGGUUCACGAAUUGACUUUGUACUUUGGAAAAAUGACAAUGACCAUGGUCGAAAAUUCCGAUGGAGAUGAGAAUAAUUUGGAUAAUUAUAUUUUAUUUGUUGAGCUUCACGAAUAUCGAACUCGAUCUCCAUAUUUAUGCACGGGAGUUGCCACUAACAAGGCACAGGGCGUCUUAAUGAAAUGUGGAGACUUCCCUUGUGUUGGAUUUGACUACUUGGAAAUCGCAGAGAACCGUUUUCGUGGCAACGUACAAAAGUACAUGUUCGAAACUGUGGAAAAGUUUAUGGAAAGCUACGAUGUAUUCGAAAACGAUGAGGUCAGCAUGGACUAUCUACUCAGUGAAACAGAGAAGGCAUUCAAUUCCGGUGUAAUGGAACAGGAAAUCAAAUUGGAUUGGCUCGGAAGAACUGAGAAAAAGUAUCGCUACUCAAACUUUUACUCAUUCCUCGGAUACGUGAGCCAGCCGAGACUUCUGACUGGCCCACCAAAAUGCUUUACCACGGAUAUUGACACUCUUCUCACCUAUAAAGAUCCAAAACUUGUGGCACGGCACAGAAUGAAGCAACUCUUUGAGGAAUUUGAACGUGUCAACUAUCCGGGUACCGAUGUGUGGAAACCGACUGGAUUUCUAAAGUCACAUGACAUCCCGGAAGAAGAUAAUCUUUCAGAGGGUCGAUAUCGAAGUGCUGCAAUGAAAUGGUGUGUGAAUGAAUUCAUGGAACAAUUCAAUGUCUAUAGAGAAAACCCAGUUUUCAAUCCGGACAAUUUGGUUUACAAGGAAAUUUUGAAAUAUCUUAUCAACGUAAUCUGGUAUGCUCUGGAUCAAUGGAUAAUCAUUACCGAGAAAACUGAAAACGACCGGGUGGCACCACUCCUCAGAGAAAUUGAGCACAAGGUUCCAGAUGACGAGAUUUUGUUUCAAACCGUGUAUCCCGAAAAGAUUCUGGAGAACCGGCUGAGAGAAGGUUCCCUGAAAAUGGAGGAUCUCCCCGAGCCACUCAAUAUCCGGGUAACAUUUUUGUUGAGACACCGGGAUCCGAAACUGAAACCAACUCGGUUUAAUCUCAAUACUUGCCGUACCUUCUUUAACUUUUUGUAUCCGGCAUUGGAGGACUUCAUCGAUGAGAAUAAUGUACUGGAUCUGAACAAGCUCUACCCUGAUGACGUGGCAAUUCAUCGUCUAAUCGCUCAGACUUAUUUUGUGGGUCACGGGCUGACGGAUUUGGAAGGGAGUGAGAAAUAUGAUCGAAGUGUUUACGAUUCAAAGGGAGUAAGAUUGGAGCCAAUGGUCAGAUUUAUGCGAAAAGGUCGUGAGCAUUUCCGCGGUUUCCUCCGCCGCGUCCCAUCAACAUCGGCGCCUGGCGAUGGGCCAAUCGUUUUUCCUACAGCCGACCACCAAGCAUUCUUUAAAAUGCAGCGAGUUCUCUACUCUAGGCUUCCUCUGACUGAGAAGCUUCCCAUCGAUAUUGAAGAUGACUUGUACUCAGCAGCAAUCGUUGGAUUACAAGAUAAGCGGGUUCUGGAAGUGUUGACUAUGGACGAGAAGCUUAGAAUUCUCGAGUGGUACGAAAAAGCAAAAAUGCCCGAAGCUCUCAUGGACCUUCUUAAGCAAUGCAUCAUAGAAUCAACUUCGAAGAAUUAUUAUCACAUUCGUUACCUCUUCAGUCAAUAUCCAAUCAUGACUCAACGGUUUAUUGCUCAAUACCGUCCGGGCAUUAUUCUCUGGCAUAGAAGUCCAAUUCCAAAUCCCCAAAUUCAUCAUGUCAGAAUUAUCACCGAAAUGUGGCCGAAGAACGAUUUUGAGCGUACAACCCGCAUUCCACGGAAGAAGUUUAUCAAAAAUGGAAUUGUUGAAGACAGCAAGUUCUAUAUGAUUGGAUCCUAUCUUCGACGUGAUGCGUACAAAGACAUUCACUAUCCGGCGCAGAAAACCACAAAACUGACCGAAUUGUUCAAUAUCGAUUUCCCCGUAAAUGGUCCAAAGAAAUCUAAAAACCAGAUGAUGCUAAUCACAUUCCCUUCUCGUGAGAUUGUGGAAGAAGAAGAGCCUCCACAAGAAGCUGAACAAAGCCCAUCACCAGAUCCGGAAAAAAUAGCGAAGAGAAGGGAAGAGCUAAGGAAGAAGAUUGCCGAGAAGCUUGCCGCAAGCAAGAAGAAGAAGAAGCGCUAAAACACUCAAUUUUUGUUUUAUACUAUUGUUGCAUGAUUACCACAUUUUUCAUUUAUUCUGUUCAUCUAUAUUCCCUAAUUGUCUCCCUAAUUCGGGUUGGACUGCUCUAUGGUAGACCCGUAGCACGUCGGCUACUUUUCCGUUGCUUUAAAUUUCAUAAUACAUUUUCCUAGAAUUCUGGUUUCCUGAUUAAUUCUCAUUUCAUCCCGUCUUUACUUGAAAAUAUCUUCAUGACUUAUUUUCAUCAUUAAAUCUCAUUCCCAGUUUUCCCCCGAUUUUUUUAAUGGUAUUUUUGCCACAUUCCACGUGAUCAUCACUUGAAUUGCCCGCCGAUAAAUUUUGUCACAAGUUGAUAUUAUUUUGUCUAGUUUAUUAAAACAUUUGGAACAUUUACAAAUUCGUGUUUGAUAAAAGUAGAAACAGUCGAAUA